AUGUCGUGGGACCUGCUCAAGCGAUUCCUUGAGUCCGACGUCUUCAACUCGAACCCUUUUCUCUCCGUCUCCUACCUAUCCCGGUAUGCCGACCAUGUGGGAAUUCACUAUGUCCUUUGCAACAAGCUGCGACAAUUCCCUUACGAGGACAUUGAAUUCUUCUUGCCGCAGCUAUGCCACCUUAUAAUUAGCGUCGACAAUGAGUCCAUGGCCCUGGAGGAAUUCCUCCUGGACCUGUGCGAGGAGUCUGUGACUGCCGCCCUCCUUACCUUCUGGCUCUUCCAAACCUACCUACACGACCUAUCAUCCAAUCCUCAAUCCAAGUCCUUUCAAACGUGUCGUAGGGUGUACAACAAGGUGCAGCACAUCGUAUUCGGUCUCCCAGAUGCCGCGCGGCAUGACAAGAUUAAGGAAAACAUCCUGCCAGUUACGGUUCUUGCAAGCUUCGUCUUGGCCAGUGUCGCGGUCCCUCUCGUCCCGCAUUGGGCGGGACCCCUCGCCGUUGCACAAGCCAGGAAGCCUCAACCAUCCGACGACCUGAUAUCCAACUCGCAAACACAGGACAACAACCCCAAGGUGACACGAUCCCAGACGGUGACGGCCGCGAGCAGCACAAGGUCCAAGCGUGCGAAAGAUGGCGGGCGCAUCACGAGCGCCCCGGAUCUUGUGAUUUCGAACUUGCCUCACCGGGCGACGGACCCGUCGCCAACGCCGUCGCGGCAGGGUUCAUCGGGCUCGAGGACUCCAGUAGAGGUCAAGAGGUUACCGUCACAUCUCGAGAUGAAGAACGCGGACGCCCGACUUAGUUCAUCCUCGCUGCCUCUUCCCGAGCUGCGGUCUCCACGGUUGGCCAUCACCCGGCCCGCAACUCCAGUGUCUGCAGGACUCCCGCCACGACCGAACGAUGCUCUCAACAGGAGACAUUCUCAUCACUUCAAGAGCAGUGCCGCCGGCGCCGAAUUGACACCUUUACAGAAGACGAGGCUUUUGCGACAACACUACUUCAGGUGCGAGACGCAGUUUUUGACGGCGCUCGAGGGGAUUUCGAACCGGCUAGUCAUUGUGCCGAAGCCUGCCCGCCUCAGUGCGCUUCGCGCGGAGCUGGCUCUCAUCGCACAGGAUCUUCCGGCCGAGGUGGAUGUUCCAGUCAUCUGCCCCCCGACGCUUGUUGAUGGCUCUCCGGCGAAGAGUAGACACCAUCGAAUUGUGCGCUUGAACCCGGGGGAAUCAACAGUUCUUAAUAGUGCGGAGAAGGUGCCAUAUCUACUUAUGGUUGAGGUGCUAAGGGAUGACUUCUCAUUCGAUCCAGAGACGCCAGACAACAAGAGGCUUUUGUCGACUUUGCUUACGGAGCAGGGCACCAAUCGACGCAUCUUCGACCUGUCUGACUCGCCGCGCAUACCCAUCGCGCCUAAAACUCCGGAGCCCGUCAUCGACAGUGUGUUCGAGCCCAUUUCCGGCGACCUGGGAAGCUCUCCUAUGCUGAAGCCAUUCGAUGAAGAUCCAUCUUCGAAGUUCCAAGCCAAACAGGUUUCGCCGGCGCAACCACAGCGUCUCCCAAGCGGCACUACCACGAUGUCAAGUACAAUUUCCGACAACAUGACCACUCCACGCAGCUCAGGCGCCUCUACCUCGAGAUCUAGCAGUCCCCCAGGCCCUCUCCGCAAGAUGACGCUAUCAGGCCGUGGUGCUCCAGCAGCCGAGCAGCCCGACUUUUCUGCACUCGCGACGCAUAUGCGCACAGCCUCACAAAUGUUGGCCCAGCUUGAGGCUACGAGCGGCAAGCGGCCAAGACAUGAGGUGCAAGCUAUCAGGGCAAAAAUCAUUGCGAGCAUGCAGAGUCUGGAGGAGCAGAGCUUCGAUAUGGAUGAGCAGGGUCCAACAUUUGACACGAUCAUGGCCAAGGCCUCUACUGCGCAGGCGGCGCAGGCUGCUGCCGUUGCACAAGUAAAUGCUGAGCCUGAGGUGGAGAGCGAAUCACCUAUUGAGCCAGGGGCCAAUGCCGGUGCUGGACUGGCGAGAAUGGAAAACGACAUCAAGACCGGUGGUAUCCAGACCAAGGGCGACCGUGACGAUCCGAGCGCAGCAGUCUUUGGUGAAGCCUGGGAGGCCAAGAAGGAGCGUGUCCGCAAGACCUCACCUUAUGGCUGGAUGAAGAACUGGGAUUUGGUUAGCGUCAUCGUGAAGACGGGGGCCGAUCUGCGUCAGGAAGCGUUCGCGUGCCAGUUGAUCGACGUUUGCCACAAGAUUUGGGUCGAUGCGAAGGUCAAUGUCUGGGUCAAGCUCAUGCGCAUUCUUGUCACGGGAGAAUCGUCGGGCUUGAUUGAGACGAUUACCAACGGCGUCUCAUUACACUCUAUCAAGAGAAGUCUGACUCUGUCAAUGGAGGCGGGCCCGGGCCAAAAACGUCGAUUCGCCACUCUCAGAGAUCACUUUCUCAAAGCGUUUGGUGCCGCAGAUAGCGAACCGUACAAGGCUGGAGUAGACGCCUUUAAGCGCUCGCUGGCCGCGUACAGUAUGAUAUCAUACAUCUUGCAGCUGAAGGACAGACAUAACGGUAAUGUCCUGAUCGACAGCGAGGGCCACAUCGUUCACAUCGACUUCGGCUUCAUGUUGUCCAACUCUCCGGGAUCCGUUGGCUUUGAAGCGGCGCCUUUCAAGCUGACACAGGAGUACAUUGAGGUGCUGGGAGGCAUCGGAUCUGAUGACUACGAAGACUACAAGAAGCUCUGCAAACAGGCUUUCCAAGCCUUGCGGCGGUCUGCGGAUAACAUCAUUGAUCUGGUGGCCAUGAUGGGACGUGACUCGAAGAUGCCCUGCUACUCUGCUGGCGUAGCCCAAGCUACGCACAACCUUCGCCAACGGUUCCAAUUGCAGCUCAGUGCGGACGAGGCGGAGCAGUUUGUCGAGACUGACUUGAUCGGCAAGUCUCUCGGCAGUUAUUACACGCGGCUCUACGACACCUUCCAGUAUAGAACGCAGGGCAUCUACUAG